UUCCCCAACAUGUCUUCCAACCCACCAGGAAAAUGCUGCACUAUUGGCGUCAAGCACGAGGGCGAGGCGAAAGGAAAGCUCGAGACUAUCGGUGACAUCUCAACCUACAUCGUCGGCCCCAAAUCCUCCACCGCAAUUCUCAUCCUCACCGAUGUCAUCGGCCAUAAAUUCCUCAACGCCCAACUCAUCGCCGACCAAUUCGCCGCAAAUGGGUACUACGUCAUCAUGCCAGACUUAUUCGAAGGGGAUCCCGUCCCACUCAACCGGCCAGGAGACUUUGACAUCAUGAAGUGGCUGCAGACGUCUGGACCGAGUCAGGGGCAUACGACGAAGCAGGUUGAUCCGAUUGUUGAGAAGGUGAUCAAGUAUAUGAAGGGUGAGUUGGGGAUUACGAAAAUCGGGGGUGUGGGCUACUGUUUCGGCGCCAAAUACGUCGCCCGCUUCAUGACGGGAGGCAAAGGUCUCGACGUCGGCUACAUGGCACACCCCUCUUUCGUCGACGCCGACGAAGUCAAAGCCCUCACCGGCCCCCUCUCCAUCGCCGCCGCCGAAACAGACCAAAUCUUCCCUGCGGAAAAACGUCGCGAGACGGAAGACAUCCUCCGGGGCAUGAAAAUCCCGUACCAGAUUUCUUUGUACAGUGAUGUGGAACAUGGGUUUGCGGUGCGUGCGGAUACGACGAAAGCUGCCGUGAAGUUUGCGAAGGAGGCGGCGUUUUUGCAGGCGGUGUGUUGGUUUGAUGAGUUUUUGAGGGGCGAGAGGAGUUGGGCGGCGUGAGAUGGAUAGGCGUUGCCUCUGUCCCAGGACCGAGGAAGGGGCAAACAUAGUCAUAGUGUUUCUUCCAAUCCAACGGCUGG